GUGCCCUGAAUGCGGUUCCCGUGAUACCCCGGAUGCCACUAUCACCUUCGUCGAAGCUAACCGUCCUGCCGCUUCUGGCGGCAAUCACCAACUUCGUCUGAAAACCUGGUUUCAUCGGAAAACUACUUAAGCCAACGGACAUCGCGGGAUCCUCUGCAGUCGGCGGCGAUUACGUUGCCCAACGCUGACACAUUGUAUUUCAACAGGAGCAAUGACUCGCGCCCUGGCCGCUCGGGCCCCGUGUGCCACCAUUUUUGUCAUCACGCACAUCUCUCUGUCGGCAUUUUUGGAAGCGGCCAAGUUUGACGAGUGCGGGCCAAAACCAGGGGUGGUGACAACGGCUAAAGCUGCUUCGAUGGGUGCCUCCCUUCUGGCAAAAUGCGGUCGCAACUUGCUCCUCAAGCACUCCAUUCGCUCCGAGACGCUGUCCAAGGGCUUCGCGCAGAGCUGUGUGGUAUUGCAAAUGUGCAACGCUCACAACGUUCACCUGCGAGAGAAGAAGAAUACAUUUGUAGACGCUAUGAUGCAUUGCUUCUUGAAGACACUACAGCUGAUUGCGAAAGUCCAUCCGGAAGUCCUCGGAAGCUUUUCUGGAAGUCUAAACGAAGUAAUGAACACAACAGCGAACUGUGUCAAAGGAGACUUCCUUGGAGGUGACGUUAAAAUAUCAUUGGCAGUGGUGCGCUACGUGCGUUCCGUGAUCUUUAUGAACGGCAAGGGGUGACGAAAGCUUUGAGGACCAGACAAUUGUCACCGACAACCAUCAUAGCAGAGCAAGACGGCAAAUUCUGCGCUAUUGUUCUUAUUAUCGUAAAAGACAUCCAAGCAGCUCAUGCGUGCAUGUACACUAAAAUUUGGCUGUUAGUGUAGUGGUUAGGCGUUUUGUAAACACUUUAAUCAGUGGCGUACCAACUAGUUCACGAGUGGAAAGAAAUAUAUAUAUUCAAAAUUCGAAUCUCAGCUGCAGAAUUAAAUUACCCUUCUGCAACACCGAAAAUUCCACUCUCACCGAGAGACGAGCCUGUGUGCAGCUGAAGUUGACACGCAAAGACCGGUGGCGACGCCGCCUUGAACUUGCCACACUACCGGGUCAUCACAGAUUUUGACGGCAUCCACUCGGGCCUAGGUGAAAUUUUUAUUCGCCAAAGAUUGAACUUAGCAAAGCUUCAAGGAUUUUACUGAGCAACAACGAUGCAAACACAAAU